AUGGUUAUAAACUUGGGAAAAAGAAAGGGAGUUAGUGAGUUUGAGAGAGGAAUUAGUGGAGUUGGGGCAAUUGAAGGAGGAGAAAGGGGAGGUGGAAAUAAAUACUUUGAUAAACCUGAGAGAUUGGCCGAUUUAGAACUUGAUUAUACUUUGCCAAAUUAUACUUCUCUGAAUACGGGUCGUCAAAAAGGCCAAUAA